GUUGACGUCAUCAGUUCAUGCGUUGUAGGAGUUGCAUUGAAGUCAAGAGAAAAUGAGUACGAACAACCAGCCAGCGACGUCUCGGAUUCCGCCAAAGAAACAAACGUUAGAGGACGCAUACUCUCCUCCCGCUAACUUUCUUGAAAUAGACAUCACAGACCCCCAAACGCAUGGACUGCCAAAAUCGAAAGGAAGAUAUACAGACUAUGCUGUCAAAAUGAAGACAAAUUUACCAGUAUUCAAAGUAAAAGAGUCAACAGUGAGGAGGAGGUACAGUGAUUUUGAAUGGCUGCGAAACGAAUUAGAAAGAGAUAGUAAGAUUGUUGUUCCCCCACUUCCUGGGAAAGCUUGGAAAAGACAGCUACCAUUUAGAAGCGAUGAAGGGAUUUUUGAUGAUGAUUUCAUUGAAGAUCGAAGAAAAGGACUAGAGCAAUUUAUCAACAGAGUGGCAGGACACCCUCUUGCACAGAAUGAGAAGUGUCUCCAUAUGUUCCUACAGGAAACAAAUAUUGACAAGAAUUAUGUGCCAGGGAAAAUUCGUACCACAUGAGUGGACUCUUAACUCUAUCUCUCCCCCCACCAUCGUCUGAUAGCAAGGACAGAGUAUUUUAUGUGACAGGCAUUUUAUAUUGUUUUUCUGCAGGGUUUAGAUGUGAAAAUUCUUCUUUUUUUUCUUGAUGGACGAUAGGGGCUACAGGCCUGCAAUGUUAAACUGUAAAAAAAAAUUCUUUCCCCAUGCCUGUUGAAAUUUUGACUCCAUGUGCUUAUUUG